UAUCAACAUCGAUGUUUAAAUCGAUUUGGGGUUGAUAUCGAUAACCAAACAGGUUGUAAACAAAACUCUGAGAAAUAGCAACAGUUUAAUAAAAAAAAGUACUUUCCUGCAUGCUCGAGAUAAAAUGCGUUUCCACAUGAAGAGCGGCAGCGAGGACAACGAUAUUGUGGCAGCCACAGCCACUGCUGAGCACAUCCGCAAGUUUGUCUUCAGCGGAUCACCGGCGGAGCGUCUCGAGAUCAAGAUACCCGAGCUGCUCCAGGGAGCGUACUCCUUUUACACGUGGCCCUGCGCACCAAUCCUAGCCCACUUUCUAUGGGAGCGACGACAGACAUUGGCCGGCAAGCGCAUCCUGGAGUUAGGAAGCGGCACCGCUCUACCUGGCAUCCUCGCUGCUAAAUGCCGAGCCCAGGUGGUCCUUACCGACAACUGUAUCCUGCCUAAGUCUCUCGCCCACAUCCGCAAGUCCUGUUUGGCCAAUCAACUGCAGCCUGGCGUAGAUAUUGAUGUGGUGGGCCUGAGUUGGGGCCUGCUGCUGAACAGUGUGUUCAGACUCCCACCGCUGGACCUUAUCAUUGCCGCCGACUGCUUUUACGAUCCCAGCGUGUUUGAGGACAUCGUAGUUACAGUGGCUUUUCUGCUAGAAAGGAAUGCCGGUGCUAAGUUUAUAUUCACGUACCAAGAACGAAGUGCUGACUGGUCUAUCGAGGCGCUGCUCAAGAAGUGGAAGUUGCAGGCGCUGCCUAUUAGCAUGGACGAGAUUGGCAAGGAGUCGGGCGUGGAUUUGUUAGAGUUCAUGGGCGGACACACCAUUCACCUGCUGGAAAUCACACGCGUCGACAACGGUGGCACAAUAAAUACUAUAUAACAAUUAUA